AUGUUUCGUACAGUUCGAUUACCCUAUGUGCGAUUAGAUCGUCCAUUUAGAGUUCCGAAUGCAGGAGCUCCCGUAGAAGCAUUGAAACCGGAUGCUUUUUCUGCAAACGCAUUGGCCCGUCACUGUAUCUCCUUUUUCGCCAACCGUGAAUGGAUUUGUGUUUACCAGCCGUCGGCUGUUUAUCGAGGUCACUUUUGUAAACUACCUCGUAGCAGUGCCUUGGAUGCCCUAAUGGGACCUCUAGUUGAUCAUUGGUUCUCCAUAGACCAGAAGAAACCGGAAGAUGCUGUGAAUGAUCCUACUUCAGCGGGUUGUUUCAAAGGUAGUCCAGUUCAUGCCUAUACCGUGCAAGCCGCCUCCUCAAGGCCCUGGACUGCUGCAGUCCUGGCCACUCGCGCACGUCAUUCGGUGGCUACCGAUCCGGUAUCAAACGGAUCUUUGCCGCAGUCGCAACAAAACAGUUCGGAUACGAAUCUUUACAAGCGCACGCAUAAAGAUCGAAACAAAAUGUCCUCGGAUGUGUUACUGAAUGGCUACACGGAGGGGGAUGUAACAAAAGAUGGGGACGCUGCGUACGAAAGCAAGGUAAGUGAUCCUCUGUCCGAAUAUUGCAAUCGCAAUUGUCUCACUUUUUCACUUGCUUUUAUUCAAAAAGCAUGA